GGUUUGGUGGAGGAAGAUGUGAACGCGAGAAUCUUUAUGUUUCUGCGCCAUUAAAAAUGCCGACUCUGUAGGUGGUUUUUCGUGUGUUCUGCGGUGUUUGUGGGACGCAGUUUAAUUUCGUAGUCGUUGGGCUGAAGGCUGUGGUAGGCCCCAGAAGCCUCGGGUUAGUUGUAGUCAUGUUGGCGGCGGACAGGCGCUCUGUGGACGGACACUUGGCUGCAUCGACUCCCAGCACAGCGGGUAUGGAUUGUACCGCAAGUCACAAUACUAGCAAGAAACUUAUUCAAGCUCGUCUCCCGUUCAAACGUUUGAACCCUGAACCCAAGGAGAAUCGGCAGCCAAAGCGUGUCUGUGCACACUCCAGCCCUGAAGCAAAAGUCUCUCAGAGGGACAGUGAGACAGACUCCUCCUCAUGCCCUGUGCGGAGCACCCCAGUUCUGAUUAAUGGACGCGGGCCCCUUGAUGGUUUCCUGAGCCGUAGGGCCCCCACAUCCUCAGAUGAGAACAUGGUUAUAGAUUUGACUGGAGACUUGUCUCCUCUGAAGCAGCGUGUUUCAGCUGUUGCUGCCUCUUCCUCCCUUUCAGCUAAAUACAAGAUCCAGUGCACAGACAAAAUUACAACUUCAGAGAUAUCAAGCAACAGCAAUCACACUCCAGAUGUACACUUGCUGAACUGCAGAGAGAUCAGCAAGGAUGGAGAACAGACAGAAGUGGAGAGAAAAGAUGAGAGUCGCAGCAGAAGUUUCUUACAGUUAAAUACAGCACAGAACUCUGAAAGUGAGCUGGAUGGAUCUGCAAACACGUCCAGUGUGGGAAAUGAGUCCAUGCUGUCACCUUCAUCAGUCAGCUCCAUACUUGAAAGCUCACCAGAAACAUCCAAAACUGGUGGACCUGGACCUGCUCAUGCUUCUACCGAGCUAAAGACCUCCCCUAAGACACUAGUAGAUCAGAAGGCAAAAAGAUGCUCAGUGAGGUGUUUACAGGAACAAGAGAAAAGGCUUCACCUCCGCCAGGAGAAGGAACGUCAGAAAGAGGAGGCUAAAGCUGAAAAAGAAAAAAAGAAAGAAGAGGCUCGAAAGCUAAAGGAGGCACGGUUAAAGGAAAAGCAAGAGAAAAAGGAAAGAGAAGAACGAGAGAGACGGGAGCGAAAGGAGAAGGAGGAGAAGGAAAAGGCAGAGAAGCUAAAAGCAAAAGAGGAUCUGAGGAAAUCUAAGAUGGAGGCUAAGCUUGAAGAAAAACGGAAGAAAGAAGAGGAGAAGCGACUAAAAGAAGAAGAGAAACGGUUGAAAGAAGAGAAAGAUCGUCUGAAAGCAGAGAAAGCAGAGAUUACCAGGUUUCUCCAGAAACCCAGGAUCCAACAGGCUCCAAAGACACUUGCAGCUGCCUGUGGAAAGUUUGCUCCUUUUGAGAUCAAGGAAAACAUGUCCCUGGCACCGCUGUGCCGGGUUCAAUGUCACAAUACUAUGCUGGAGGAGCUGGACCAGUAUUUGCUAAACCCUCCUGAUGAGAUAUAUGGGCUGAAGGACUGGAUUAGGCAGAAACCCCGCUGGUCAGAACCAACCAAACUCAGACAGGCCUGAGCACUAAGUGAGUGCUUGUUGGUGAUGGAAGGACCUAAACCAGGAAGUGUUUUGGAUCGUAAACAUUAUGGGCCUAUGAAGUUGCUGCAGUUUCAUGAGAACUACCGUCCUGCAUACUGGGGUACCUGGAGUAAGAAGAGCUUACAUAUUUCACCCCGCUGCCCCUUCAGACAAGACAAGGACCUGUUGGACUAUGAAAUUGAUAGUGAUGAGGAAUGGGAGGAGGAAGAACCAGGAGAGUCCCUAUCACACAGUGAAGGGGAAGAUGAAGAGGAAGGAGGUGAUGAUGACGACGAUGAUGACGAUGGCUUCUUUGUUCCACAUGGCUACCUUUCAGAUGGAGAGGGAGCACUAGAAGAAGAGGAUGGUGGUGACCUGGAAAAGCAGAAACUACGCCAGAAACUGAAAGCGAGGGAGUGGGAUGAGCUGAUGUUGACUAAGAAGAAGAUGAAUGUGCUUGAGCCCGUGGUGAGGGGCUGUGUCUGGGAGGGAGAAGGACCUGGGUUGGAGCUUUUCCAGCCGUAUGCGGUUUGUUUGGUGAAGCCGUUACCAAAAGCAGACACGAGCCCUGUGUCAGAUGACCCGUCCCAUAAGUGUCAGAGGGAUGAUAAAUUACUCGAACAGCUGCUGCCUCUGCUUCAUGGAAAUGUCAAUGGCAGUAAAGUGAUCAUUGCAGAGUUCCAGGAGUUCUGUCGCCAGGAGGCCAUAUGGUCAUCACCUGGUCAUUCCCAUUCUCAAAACUCUAAAGAAAAUAUUCCCUCCAGCAUGCAUCUAAAGCGCCUCAUCAAAAGCAGUGCAGUUUUUGAGAGGCGCUCGUACUACAGACAUCCCUGCUGGUACGUGCAUCCAGAUAUUCUUUGCCGUUUUGGACAGGAGGGUCUUCAGCUCCCCUGCCAGUGGCCCUACUUCACCACAAGAGCGCGAGCAGGGUCGCCCGAAGAACCCCAGACAGGCUCAGUGUCUCAAGGAAACUCAGUCAGUACACCCCAGAUGUCCACUUUGUCAUCGUCUUCUGGCAAAAGAAAGAGCACAGGCAGCAUGUCGAUCACUAAGUUCAUGAAGAGGUGUACUGAAGCUGAGCAGGUGGAGACUGUGGAGAAGGAUGGCUUUCAAGCUGACACGGAGGAUGACUAUGAGGACAACUGUAUCCUCAUCUCCCCGCACAGCGAAUUGAGUGGACAGACUUCAGCCAGUGGGCGAGACAGCGUGAUGGAGACGAGCACCUCAGACAUGGCUUCCGGUCCACCUCCUGCCACGGUCUGACCUGCCACCGCCCUGGCUGACACUGGUGCCUCGGCUGCCCCUUUUUGCUCUUAUGUCCUCCUUCCCAUGUGUAGCAAUACGUCUGCGCUCUUUCAGUCUCUCAGCAGGUCUCACUGUUCGGAUUUUAAAGCUGUCCUAGUUGGAAAGUACAGUUUUGCACAGUAAGCGACUAAAGGUUGGUCCUUGGAUGUUUGGGAAAGUGACAAACUUCUAUUUUUGGUGUUUUCUGAGCUGCAGGUGCAGACUGUCUGCUUUGAUGGUUUACCUCCAGUCCAUCUGUCAGAAUGAUGGUACAGUUCAAGGUUCAUGAGACACACUCGCCCAAAUCUUCAUAUUCAGUCAUUAAACUCAUAACUGAGACCCUGAACCCGUGAACAUCGUGAAUUUUGUUCCAAACCUUCAACUUAUGUCCUGACAAAGUGACACAUUCGUAGGAUACUUUGGCUCUUAUUUGUUCUCAGCAUCCUGUCCAAUCACAUUUCACCAUUUCACCCGGGACACAGGUGCCAUAGUUCCUGCUGAAGCAGACAGUCUGUGCUCCGAGCUCCUUCCUGUUCUGGAUCAGUCUGCACUUGUUUUGGUUCUGUCUGCAGAUUAUUUGGACAAAUGAAGAGGAAUAACCCAGUUAAUCACAGGAACACGCAGUGAAGACU